CUCCCCCUCCUCGCCCCCCCGGCUUCCCACCACGGCCGCUCUCGGUGAGGAAACUCUGGCCUCCGCUUCCUCCUCCUCCGACUCGGACACCGGCGGAGCCUCCCCGCCCCCGCGGAAGAAAGCCCGGGCCUCCCCGGCGGCGGCGGUGGAGGGAGCAGGAGAGCCCGGGGCUUCCGCGGGCAGAGCAGGCCUCACCUCGUCCCAGUCCCCCUCGCUCCCCGCCGGGCUCGCCCCCGCCGCCGCCCCGCUCAGAGGCAGUAGCAGCGGCAGCGGCGUCAGCAGCGCCAUGCAGGCCAACGGGGCAGGAGGGGGCCAACAGCAGCAGCAGCAGCAGCCUCCGCAGGGGCCGGCGGGCCCGGAGCUGGGCUGCCUGAGCGCCCAGAACGGCGAGGCCUCGGCUGGCACGGCCGCCAGCGACCAGCUGGCCCACGCCAACGGGCUGCUGCCCUCGGCCAACAGCGGCGGCGGCAGCCCCGGCGGCCUCAGCGUCAACAACGGGGUGCCCGCCGCCGGGGGCCCCGGCCCGGCCUCCGCGGAGCUGGGGGGCGGCGGCGGCGGCGGCAGCGCCCUGAAGAAGAAGAAGCGGCUCUCGCAAUCUGACGAGGACGUGAUCCGGCUGAUCGGGCAGCACCUCCACAGCCUGGGCCUCAACCAGACUGUUGAUCUCCUCAUGCAAGAGUCAGGAUGUCGUUUAGAACAUCCUUCUGCUACCAAAUUCCGCAAUCAUGUCAUGGAAGGAGAAUGGGAUAAGGCUGAGAACGACCUGAAUGAACUUAAGGCCUUAGUGCAUUCUCCGCAUGCAAUUGUGAGGAUGAAGUUUUUGCUGCUGCAGCAGAAGUACCUGGAAUACCUGGAGGAUGGCAAGGUCCUGGAGGCACUUCAAGUUCUACGCUGUGAACUGACGCCUCUGAAAUAUAAUACAGAACGCAUUCAUGUCCUCAGUGGGUAUCUGAUGUGUAGCCAUGCAGAAGACUUACGUGCAAAAGCAGAGUGGGAAGGGAAAGGAACAGCUUCCAGAUCUAAACUUUUGGACAAACUCCAGACAUACCUACCCCCGUCAGUGAUGCUUCCUCCAAGGCGUUUACAGAACCUGCUACGUCAGGCUGUGGAACUACAACGGGACCGAUGCCUAUAUCACAAUACAAAACUAGAUAGCAAUCUAGAUUCUGUCUCGCUGCUAAUAGAUCAUGUUUGUAGUAGGGGUCUGAGAUCAGUAUGUGGUGCGCUGUACGUGCUGCCAUGCUUGGGCAUAAUGAGGAAACAGUUCCCAUGCUAUACACAGCAAAUACUAACGGAGCACUGUAAUGAAGUGUGGUUCUGUAAAUUCUCCAAUGAUGGCACUAAACUAGCAACAGGAUCUAAGGACACAACUGUUAUUAUAUGGCAGGUUGAUCCAGAUACUCACCAGCUAAAACUACUUAAGACAUUAGAAGGUCAUGCGUAUGGUGUCUCUUAUAUUGCUUGGAGUCCAGAUGACAACUAUCUUGUUGCCUGUGGCCCAGAUGAUUGUUCUGAGCUUUGGCUCUGGAAUGUACAAACUGGGGAGCUGAGGACAAAGAUGAGCCAGUCUCACGAAGACAGUUUAACAAGUGUGGCCUGGAAUCCUGAUGGGAAGCGUUUUGUAACAGGAGGUCAGCGUGGGCAGUUCUAUCAAUGUGAUUUAGAUGGUAAUCUCCUUGACUCCUGGGAAGGAGUGAGAGUGCAAUGCCUUUGGUGCUUGAGUGAUGGGAAAACUGUUCUAGCAUCAGACACACACCAGCGAAUUCGGGGUUAUAACUUUGAGGAUCUUACAGACAGGAACAUAGUACAAGAAGAUCACCCUAUUAUGUCGUUUACUAUUUCAAAAAAUGGCCGUUUAGCUUUGUUAAAUGUAGCAACUCAGGGAGUUCACUUAUGGGACUUACAAGACAGAGUUUUAGUGAGAAAGUAUCAAGGUGUUACACAAGGAUUUUACACAAUUCACUCGUGUUUUGGUGGUCAUAAUGAAGAUUUCAUCGCGAGUGGCAGCGAAGAUCACAAAGUAUAUAUUUGGCACAAACGUAGCGAGCUGCCCAUUGCGGAGCUGACAGGGCACACGCGUACUGUUAAUUGUGUGAGCUGGAACCCGCAGAUUCCAUCCAUGAUGGCCAGCGCCUCUGAUGAUGGCACUGUUAGAAUAUGGGGACCAGCACCUUUCGUAGACAACCAGGAUAUUGAAGAGGAAUGCAGUAGCAUGGAUAGUUGAUGGCGAAUUUGGAGCAGACGACUUCAGUUUAACUUAAUUAGUCGUAUUUUAAAUGGCUUGGGAUUUGGUGCAAACAAACAUGAUUGAUAGCUGGACAGACAUGCUCGUCAUGAAAAAGAACCAUUUCUGAAGCCCGGUUGGGGCCAAACAUUUACCACCUUGCUUCAUAGUAACCAGUCGAGAUGAAGCACGUCCUUAGAACGUUGUCGGACACCGUGUUGAAAUUACCCCCCCCAUCGGUUGUGAAGAACUGUGCUACAUUCAGGCUAACCAUUGAACUCAGUAUAUAUAUUUUUCCCUCCUGCCUUUUUGUCUGGCAGGCUACUGUUCUUGUUGCUCUUCUGUGUAAUGAAGUUUAAAUGCUUGUUUGGAACACUUUAUUUAACAGUUUAGAAGGCUUGAUAGAAAGAGUGCUUUAGUCUGAAGAGUAUACAUUGGAUAGGAAAGUAUUUCCUUCUCUUGUUUCUCAAGUCUCUCUCCGCCUUACUUAGCUUGAGAUCUUUGCAGCUUGGUUCAUGGAUUCUAGCCUUGCCCGUUGCGCAGUAUAUUAUAAAUUGAGAUGAUAAACCAAUGAACUAUGUCAAAAGCACUCUCAGUAUCACAUUUGACAAAAAGUUUUGUACUUUUCACAUAGCUCGUUGCCCUGCAAAGGGGUUAACAGCACAAUUUUUUAAAAAUAAAUUAUUUAUAGGAUUAAAAUGACUUCAUUUGUAUACAUUUGGAAUUAAAAAAAACAAUGCAAGAAGUGUCGUGAAACACGGUAUCACUGAUGCUUUUCCAGAGUGUCUUGAGACCCAAUCAAAAGCAGUGGCUGGAAGGAGCUUUACGUAGGCAGUGAAGCUUGUUUUAGACGGAGGAACUCUGUCCAUCUGAACAGAGAAACUGUUCUUUAGGAAAAGAAAAGGCGUUCAGAGUGCACCACCAGACUAAGAGUUUAAACAAGACAAGGUCUUUUUGGGUUUUUUUAAUGACAUAAAUAUGUGCAACAACGCUGGUGUAAAAGGUAGACUACACCUCGAGGGAAGAAUGUGUUGGAAGAGUCCUUUCAUCACACAGUCAAUCUUUUGUAAAAGUAAUUAACGUACAAAUCAUAAUUAAACACUUGUAUUAUGAUGGCAUUUUUUCUUUCUUUGGUAAACAAAGGUGUAUAGCUUUUCUUUUUGAGAACAUACUCUUUAAGUUUCCAGAUCGAAAUGCCACUCCCAGACCUUGUUGCAAGCUGGUGCUGUGAACAUCUUGACACAUCUAGCAAUAGUUCCACUAAUAGCCUGUGUUAAGAAGGGAGAAAGUAAUUUAUAAUUGAAGUAUUUAUUCUUUUGGACAUAAACAGAUGGCCUGGCAUCGCUGUGCUUCUGCACUACACACAUGUUCAUUAUGGGAUGGCACUGGAUUCCCUUUUGCCACCUUUGGGUGGAAAAGUAGUGUUGGUACUGCUGUGAAGUGAAGAGGGAGCAGGGAAAGGCACGCUGAUGUGCCGAGAGCUGAUGUGAACAGAAGUGUGGGCUUCAUCCUUUAAUGAAAGAAUAAUCUAGUGUCCUUAGUAGUCACGUGUGGAAGAAGGGUGGGGGAAGGUUUGCUGGAGUUCCUGGACAGGGAAGUGGAGCUACUUUGAGUGGGAAUGUGGUGCUUAACAUAAACGGUCCCUGUUUUCUUUCCCAGAAAAACAAAGUGAUGCUUAAAGGUUAGAUCUUUAAAUUAUUAUUUGUUUAAGAUUCCAGCCAUCAGGUGGUGGGUUUUUUUCUUGCCUGGUAUGUAAACUUAAACAUGAUUCAAGCUUCUGAUACUCUGGUUGAGACUAGCCCUGAACCUGACAUACUCUGAAAUGAAGCAGGAACUUUACGUUCUUGCCUUCAAUCCAGUUGUCUUAAAAUCAAGAUGAAUUUCUUUUGUUAGCAAUUGUUGUUCCACAGUACUGGGAGUACAUGUGUAAACAUGACUAAAAUCAUUUGCUUCUUCUACUAGCUAGUUCUGGAGGAAGCUGUUUCUCUUCCUAGUGCAGACAGUGUAAGAUUAGCCAGUCUUCUUCCUGUGGCAUCAGUGUUGCAGGGAAACAGCCAACGUCCUAAGGUCAAAUCUGAGUAAGGGAAACCUUUGGGUUUUAAAUAAAAACUGAAUACUUCCACUGUAACCAGUGUUUUAUAUGUUCAAACCACAGUAUAAUUCAUAAGCAAUGUCAGUAUGUGAAUCUUUGGAAGUUCUGCUAGUGUUGUCCUUCUCUGAACUUAUGUUUUCAAACAAAACAUUAUUUAGGGGAGAGGAAAGUGAAUAAUCCUGCAUUUGAUGUCUCUAACAACGUCUCAUGCAAAGGUCUGGCACCACUUGCUUACUUCAUACGGGACUAAAGUGGGAACUUUAGGCAGGUGCUGAAGGCUGGAUCAAAUCUCAAGGUCAGAUUUUUAAAUCCCUUAUGUACUUUAAUGGGCAUUUUUCAUGUGAUGGGCAUAGCUAAACAAAGUGAGACUCCUGACCUGGUAUGAGCUGUGGGGAGAGUGUCUGGGCUGAGGCCUGCAAAGCAUUGUCAGUAGAAACUUAAACUUGGUAGUUUUGCCAAAAUGCUGCCCCUCCGUUCUGGGGUUUCUCUUCCAGACUUCUUUUGUGCCUCUAAAAUACACUUCAGGUAUGCAAGAAGCAGAGUUAUAGAGAAGCACAUGCUCUGGAGUGUCUGCUUUAGUUCCAGGAUGCAGCUAUGCUCCAUAUAGACAGCACUGCUGUUUCCAGAGUGUCUGGCAGCAGUGUCUGGCAGAGCUGUCUGCUUCUCACAGGUGAUGAGCAGAGAUGAGAGAAAGGUGAGAGCCACCUUCAUUUCACCACACUACUCAGGCAUGCAGUAAACUGACAUAACAGCUCUAGCAGUGACAACUACCAACGUGCAGGUUAAAGAGGAACCUAAACUAUUUCUACCAUGUCACAGUACCUGAAAUGAAAAGUACCUAUACUUUUUGUGCACAGACUAUAAAAUGAGACUCAGUGUGUGCGGGAAAAACGAAACAAGUUUGCUCAUUUGCAACACAUUGAUUUCCAUGUGCUUAAAAAUGUUCAUAGGCUGGAGUCUGAGGCUGGAACAAGUACACACCGGCAAUAAAUGACUGUAUUUCUAGUCAACAGACCUAUGGUGUGAGAGAGGAAAAUACUGUAAGCGUGUACUCCUUUUGGAACUUUCUUGUCAGCUGUUGGUUUAAAUCACAGUAGCCCCAGGUUAUUGUCAAGGCAGAGCCUCAAAAUCAAGAUGCUGAAGCAUUUUAUUAUCUGAACGUUCUUUAGCUGUUCAGGUAAGUAACUUUCAAGGCACAGAGGAGCACAAAAGGGAAAAUGUUAGAUCUGUCCUUGGUUUGGAGGGGAGGGCAGCGGGGGGAAAUGACACCUUUGGUUUUAAAUUCCCUCUUGUCUUUUCGGAAGUUCUCCAACUUUGAAAUUAACUUCUUUUCAUGAUUAGAGCAAAGAUGCAAGCUAGAAACCUACCCAGAUCUUGCCAAUUACUUCUCAACUUGGCUUCAAACAGGUAAUGUUUAAUACCACUCAAUAUGCUGUUGGGAGUUUGUGUCUAGUUGUGUACUUCUACACUGCUAAGUGAUACUCCCACCCAAAACCUAUUCUGAUGGUUUCCUCAGCAGGACACCAGGACUCCUGCAAUUAGCCAUAGUUUAAGGAGAGAUGUAGACCCAAAGGGGGAUGGAAGUAGAGAAAGAGGAAUGGCCAUAAAAAGCAGGAUUUACUGACCAACAGACUACUGUAACUCAAAGGGGGAGGAGGAAAAAUGCACUUUCAAUAGUUGGUCUGUAUUUUUAGCUAUAAAAUACACUUGUGUCUUUUGAGACGCCUAUUAAGGGGAACACCCAUCCCAUAAAUGGCUGAUCCUCCUUCUGACCUCCUCCUGUCUUUUCCACAUUGGCUUGAGUCCAUUUUCAGCGGCCAUACUUAAAACUUGCUACUUUAAAUGAUGUUUAGAAAGAAAAAGAAUAAAAGCCCAUUAACUCUGACACUUUUUUAAACAGGGUGGACUUGAAUGAAGUGUGCAGUGUUGAACUACUGCUCCAGUAGCUGCCUCUUAGUUGUCGAAAUAAACUGUAGACAAGUUUUCUGUCUAUUAAUCCAGGUAAUCUGGAUUCAGUCAAACAUCUGUGAGCGUGUUCCUCCCAUCUGGUAUGAAUGUGUGCGUGCAUGUGUUCCCCAAACAGACAGAGAACCAAAUGUUCUAGGUACUUGAGUCGUGUUUUCUUGCAUACUUUUAAGUCGUGUGUAUGUGAAGUGUCCUUUGACCAGAAGGUUUUGGUUAAUAUCAGUAUAUUUUUAUACAUUUGAAAUUCAUUGUGCCCCAUCUCUUUUUAUUUUCUUCCCCAUUUCUCAUCGUUAGGGUCUAUGUGCUAGAUCGGAAUCUUAACAUUUUUAGGCACAGAUGGAAAAAGUUAUUGGCUCCUUGAAAACACAUGGGACAAAAUGGAUCCUCAAAGCAUGUAUGUACUUACAAACCAAGCUGUAGAGAUCAAGACAAGAACUUUAUUGUUGAUCUCAAGAUUUCUAAAUUGUCGAGAUUUAUAUGGAGUUGUGGUGGAACUAGUUAACACUUAGAGCUUUUGGUAUGUAAUGACUAUUUGCUAUGGACUGAUAUUAAAUGUUUCAAAGGAUUGCGUUCUUAAACUUCCUGGAUUUUUUUUUUUUUUGUUACUCUCCUCGGAUUAUAUUAAGUAGUUAAAGAUUUCUUUGCUAUAUUACAUUAAAAACAUAAGAACUU